AGGAGCUACCAUAGGAACUCAUCAGAAAUCCUCUAGAACUGAAACUAAAUAGUAAAGAAAAAAAUAAGUAUCAAUGCAAAUCACAAAACCACACGCAGCCAUGUUUUCAAGUCCCGGAAUGGGCCACCUCAUCCCGGUGAUCGAGCUCGCUAAACGUCUCUCCGCUAACCACGGCUUCCGCGUCACCGUCUUCGUCCUCGAAACCGACGCAGCCUCCGCUCAGUCCAAGUUCUUAAACUCGAGCGGCGUGGACUUCGUCAACCUUCCAUCGCCGGACAUUUCUCAACUAGUGAACCCCGCGGAUCACGUGGUGACCAAAAUCGGAGUCAUUAUGCGUGAAACCGUUCCAGCCCUCCGAUCCAAGAUCGCUGAGAUGAAUCAGAAGCCAACGGCCCUGAUCAUCGACUUGUUCGGCACAGAUGCUUUAUGCCUAACAUCAGAAUUCAAUAUGUUGACGUAUGUGUUGAUCGCUUCCAACGCACGUUAUCUUGGUGUUGCUAUGUAUUAUCCAACUCUGGACAAAGAUGUCAAAGAAGAACACACGGUGCAAAGAAAACCGCUUGAAAUACCGGGAUGUGAACCGGUUCGAUUUGAAGAUACCAUGGACGCAUACCUGGUUCCGGACGAACCGCUGUACCGGGAUUUUGUUCGUCACUGCCUGGCCUACCCAAAAGCAGAUGGCAUUUUGGUGAAUACAUGGGAUGAAAUGGAGCCUAAAUCACUGAGGUCCCUUCAAGACCCAAAACUUUUGGGUCGGGUCGCUCGUGUACCGGUUUAUCCUGUCGGUCCAUUAUGCAGACCGGUUGAAACAUCGGAAACCAAUCACCCGGUUUUGGAUUGGUUAAACGAACAGCCAGAUGAAUCGGUUCUCUACAUCUCCUUCGGAAGUGGCGGUUCUCUAACGGCUAAACAGCUAACCGAACUGGCUUGGGGGCUCGAGCAGAGUCAGCAACGGUUCGUCUGGGUGGUUCGACCCCCGGUGGACGGUUCUUCCUGCAGCGAUUAUUUCACGGCUAACGGAGGCGGAGCCAAAGACAGCACGCCGGAAUACUUACCGGAAGGGUUCGUGACACGUACUUGCGAUAGAGGCCUCGUGGUCCCAUCAUGGGCCCCACAAACUGAAGUUCUAGCUCAUAGGGCCGUUGGUGGGUUUUUGACACAUUGCGGUUGGAACUCGACGCUAGAAGGCGUGGUUAGCGGCGUGCCGAUGAUCGCGUGGCCGCUUUUCGCCGAGCAGAAUAUGAACGCGGCGUUGCUCAGCGACGAACUAGGAAUCGCCGUCAGAGCUGAUGAUUCGAAGGAGGCAAUUACUAGAUCGGAGAUUGAGUCGGUUGCGAGGAAGGUUAUGGCUGAAGAGGAAGGUGAAGAGAUGAGAAGGAGAGUAAAGACUCUGAGAGACAAGGCUGAGAUGUCGUUGAGCAUCGACGGUGGUGGUUCGGCGCACGAGUCGCUUUGCAAAGUCACGGAGGAGUGUACACGGUUUUUGGAACGUGACAGGGACUUGGCACGUGGUGCUUAGAACUGCUUAUCGUUUUCGAACUCUUUAGCGUUUAAAAGUUGAAACUGCGUGUCGUGUUUCAAAAUUAGUGUAUUUCCAGUGUAUCAAAGAAUAAAUAGAUAUGUAUUUUGAAGGGUGUGUAAAAUACUACUUUUGGUUAUAUAUUUAUCGACUAGUUUGCCAUUGUAAUAUAUAACAAUCUAUGUUUUGUAGUAUUAUGUAUAGUUGCUAAUGUUUUAGACGUUUUUUUUUUUAACCA